UCUUUUUCUUCUGUUCAAUGGGGUCUAUAAAUUCGGUGGCAUUUGAUUGAUUUUUGAAAUGUACAAAGCCUUCACGUCAAAAAAUUUCCCUAUUCAAUUUCUGGGUUCAACCGAUUUCUUCAGAUUUCAUUACCCAUUUCAUCAAAAUCUUAACUUUCAACUUCAUCUUCUUCCAUUUACCUUUCCUCAGUUUGUUUCCAGGCGAAAAUUUGGGGGUAAGUUUAGAGGGUUUUCGAGUUUUAGUUCCAAGAUGACGAUCACGACCUUGCCAAGUAUCAAAGACGACCGUCUUAUCGUUGGCGAUAAGGUGGUUCUUACAGCCGUACCGGCUAAUGUUGGUGUCUCUCCGGUCACCCACCGGUCUGCUUUCAUCGGCGCCACCUCUUCUACUUCAAGCUCUCGUCAUCUGUUUUCCGUCGGAGUUCUUGAAAGGCACGAGUUCUUAUGUCUAUACAGAUUCAAAAUGUGGUGGAUGAUACCAAGACUUGGGAAAUCAGGCAGUGAAGUUCCCGUGGAAACCCAAAUGCUUCUUUUAAAAGUGGCAGAAGAAUCUGCUCUGACUGAUGAAAGUUCAACUGAUUCAGAAAAUGAGAGAUCUCUUUACGUCCUUAUUUUGCCAGUCUUGGAUGGAGUAUUUCGUGCAACUUUGCAAGGGACCUCAGAAAAUGAGCUUCAAUUAUGUGUCGAGAGUGGGGAUGCUAAUGUGAAGACUUCAGAAGCCAUGGAGGCUGUAUUUAUAAACUCAGGAGAUAAUCCUUUUGAGGUUAUAACAGAUUCUAUGAAGGUACUGGAAAAGGUUAAGGGAACUUUUAGUCGUAUCGACAACAAGAAGACUCCUUCACAUCUUGACUUGUUUGGUUGGUGCACUUGGGAUGCAUUUUACACUGAUGUAAAUCCACAGGGAAUCAAGGAAGGUCUCCAGAGUUUUUCGGCUGGAGGUGUUUCCCCAAAAUUUCUGAUUAUUGACGAUGGAUGGCAAGAGACUAUAAAUGAAUACCGCAAAGAAGGUGAACCGGAUAUUGAAGGGAUACAGUUUGCCACAAGACUGGCUGACAUCAAAGAGAACAAGAAAUUCAGGGGUUCUGGUUCAGAUGAUUCGCUACAGGAGCUUGUUCAUAGCAUCAAAGAACGAUAUGGGCUUAAAUAUGUCUACGUAUGGCAUGCUUUAGCUGGUUACUGGGGAGGAGUUCUCCCAUCUUCUGAAUCAAUGAAGAAAUACAACCCUAAGAUUGAAUAUCCCAUCCAAUCACCAGGCAACGUUAGCAAUCUUAGAGAUAUUGUUGUGGACGUCUUGGAGAAAUAUGGGCUUGGAGUCAUCCACCCUGAGAAGAUUUAUGAGUUCUACAAUGAUCUCCAUGGUUAUCUUGCGAGCAUUGGUGUUGAUGGUGUCAAAGUGGAUGUCCAAAACAUAAUGGAGACCUUAGGUACAGGAUAUGGUGGACGUGUGACGAUCACUAGACAGUAUGAAGAAGCUUUAGAACAAUCAGUUGUAAGAAACUUCAAAGAAACUAAUCUGAUUUGUUGUAUGAGUCACAACACAGAUUCAAUAUACAGUUCAAAGAAGAGUGCAGUUGCUAGAGUGUCAGAGGACUUCAUGCCCAGAGAGCCAACAUUUCAGACUUUACAUGUUGCUGCUGUGUCUUUUAAUAGUCUUCUAUUGGGGGAGAUUGUUGUGCCAGAUUGGGACAUGUUUCAAAGCAAACAUGAAACAGCUGAGUUCCAUGGUGCAGCAAGAGCGUUGGGUGGUUGUGCUGUGUAUGUGAGCGACAAGCCUGGGAAUCAUGAUUUCAAAAUACUAAGAAAGCUAGUAUUGCCUGAUGGAUCAGUUCUAAGGGCAAGACAUGCAGGCCGGCCUACUCGUGACUGCUUAUUUCGGGACACUGUGAUGGAUGGGAAAAGUGUGCUGAAGAUAUGGAACUUGAAUAAGUUAACCGGGGUCAUCGGUGUUUUUAAUUGCCAAGGAGCAGGGCAUUGGCCAUUGAUGGAAGUAGCAAAGAAUGAAGAGACCUCGACUUGUACAAAAUUAACUCUAACAGGUAGUUUCUGUCCAAAUGAUGUAGAAUUUCUUGAAGAUGUUGCAGGUGAAAACUGGGAUGGAGAUUGUGCAGUUUAUGCCUUCAACUCAGGAUCUCUUUGUAAAUUGAAACGCAAAGAAAGUCUUCAAGUUGGAUUGAGAACUUUAGAGUGUGAGAUUUACACCAUUUCACCAAUCAGGGUUUUCAGCAACGACGUUCACUUCACACCGAUAGGAUCACUCGACAUGUAUAAUUCAGGAGGAGCUAUUGAAACUCUAAGUCAUAGUAUGGAGGAUCUCUCACAAUGUACCAUCAAAAUGACAGGACGAUUCUGUGGUAGAUUUGGAGCCUACUCGAGCACAAAACCAAGGCGGUGUGUAGUUGACAUGAAAGAAGUAGAGUUCACCUAUGAAUCUGGAAGUGGACUAUUAACAGUCAAACUUGAAGAUGGUUCCAUUUCAAGAGAGAUAGACUUGGUAUAUCGAUACGAGAGACGAUGAAACGAGUGGUUGUGAGGAAAUGUUUUGGUUGCGGCAUGAUGGAAAUAUGAAUGGUCAAGUCAUUACGAUUUUAUUAGAGAAUCACAUUGUUUAAUUGACAAAGUUAAUUUUGUCAUCAUCACAAAAUAAUGCAAUCAUGUUUGGACUACAAA